AUUUUACAGAUGAAAAUGAAUGAUUCCAUGGAUGGAGGCAUGGAUAACCCUAUGCCGGAAGGCAUAGGUGGAAUGGGUGGUGGAAUGGGAGGUGGGAUGGGUGGUGGAAUGGGAGGUGGAAUGGGAGGUGGAAUGGGAGGUGGUAUGGGAAUGGGUCGCGGCGGAAUGCGCGGUGGUGGAAGAGGUGGACGUGGCGGCGGCGACAGAAAUAUGGGCGAUAGAAAUAGAUCGCAAGAUGACCGACUGAUGGAACGUAUCAUGGCUAUCAGUGGACCUACUCAUGAGCUUCCACCUCAAGAAGUGACAGAGAAGAAAUUUAGCGGCAGAAAUCGCUUAUACAUUGGCAACUUGACAAAUGAUGUUACAGAAGAAGAGAUACAGACAAUGUUCCGCAAAUAUGGAGAAAUAUCUGAGCUGUUUGUUAACAAAGAGAAGAGUUUUGCCUUCCUCAGGAUGGAUUAUAGAAUAAAUGCUGAAAAAGCAAAGCACGAAUUAGAUGGUACGAUGCGCAAAGGUCGUGCGUUGAAGGUACGUUUCGCCCCUCACUCAUCAACAAUCAAGGUGAAAAAUCUUACACCUUGGAUAUCCAACGAGCUUCUUGAAAAGUCCUUUGGUGUAUUCGGUGAAAUCGAACGUGCAAUUGUCAUUGUUGACGAUAGAGGUAAAAGCACUGGCGAAGGAGUAGUCGAAUAUUGCCGAAAGCCGUCUGCUCAGCUAGCUUUGAGGAAAUGUACAGAAGGCUGCUAUUUCCUCACGGCGUAAGUUAUUAGUAUUUUG